AUGGGGAAAGAAGACUCGGAGGUCUUGCAAAGCUCCAGGCUAUUGAAGUCAGCCAUCAUGCAUAGAACCUCCCUUGCCAUGCUAGCGAGCGGCAGGACGCAGGCUGACAAGGUGGAGCGACGCAUCGCUGCUCUGACUUUGAGCCACCCGUCGGCACACAACCCCGUAUGCAGCGUUGCGUUUCGAUCGAAGCUCGGCCUGGACGUGUAUCACGGUAGAGGAGAGGCCGGAGACAACCAGCACACCGCAGAGUACAAGACCGCCGAGUGGACGCGGCCGAGCUCAGCCAUGCACUUGUCCAGGCCUCAGAAGCAGGAGGCUCGAGCAGCCAUCGAAGCAGCGCAGCUCGCCCUAGGCCAUCCCAUCUGA